AUGACAGGUCGAUGGUGUCGGAGAGACUGGAGUUCGCCCCCUGAUCCGCGGGCAGUCGAACAAUCUAGGCGAAUUUACUCUUCUGUGUUCUUAGGUAGUCCAGGUGAUGCAAGUAAUGCUAGUAUUGGUAGUGGGGAAGGAACGGGGGAAGAAGACGACGAUCCAAACGGUAAAAAGAACCAAAAGAAACGUGGUAUAUUUCCUAAAGUGGCAACAAAUAUCCUUAGAGCGUGGCUGUUUCAACAUCUAACGCAUCCUUAUCCAUCAGAGGAUCAGAAAAAACAAUUAGCACAAGAUACAGGUUUAACAAUAUUACAAGUAAAUAAUUGGUUUAUCAAUGCUAGACGGCGAAUAGUGCAACCAAUGAUCGAUCAGUCAAAUAGGGCAGUUUAUACACACCCAGGUCCAUCGGCUGGCUACCCAGAUGCAAUGAGCUACAUGAUGGAUGGUCAAGCGCAAAUGAUGCAUCGUCCGCCGGAUGCGGGAUUCCAUCAAGGCUACCAUUACCCACCUGCCGAAUACUAUGGUCAUCAUUUGUAAUAUUAAUUGGCAAUAUAAGAAGCAGAGACGAAGACAAAGAGCAUGAAAAAAAAUUAAAAAAAAACACACAACAACCCCUUUUGUAGCAAUUUGUUAACUAAUUUCGUGAAAAAAAGCGAUGAAUGAAACACAUGGCAAUUUAUUAAGUGUCUAUAUUGCAAUCAACUUCAAAACAAACAAGCCCCCAGUGAUCAUUUUAUUUAAAAAAAAAAAACAGGGUCUCGCUCAGUGUUGUACUAACAACGUCCCAUUAUAGAAGAAGAAAGAAGAAAAGUAUCAAAAGGAAACCAAAACUACGUUAAUUUUAUUAUAUUAAAAAAAUUAUUAUUAUUAUGAUAUUACUUAAUAAGUUGUCACCAAUUCAUAAAUCCUAAAAAAU